GGUGGCGAGGGUGUAGGUGAGCCCCCUCCUCCUUUUGCUCGGUGUGCGGGCUGAGCUUCGAGGGGCUGAGCAUCGUUGGAGGACUACAUGACGGGGCGCAACAAGGAGAAGCGUUAUGAGUGCGACGUGUGUGGCAAGGCCUGGCAGUGCCCGAGCCAGCUGCAGAGCCACCGGCGGGUGCACACGGGGGAACGUCCCUUCAACUGCUCAGAGUGCGACAAGUGUUUCAAGACGGCGAAUGUCCUAGAGGCCCACCGGCGGGUUCACACGGGCGAGAAGCCCUAUGGCUGCUCCACAUGCGGAAAGAGUUUUCCCCAGUUGUCGGGGCUGCGGGAGCACCAGUGGGUGCACAGCAGUGAGCGGCCCUUCAACUGCUCCGACUGCGGCAAAGGCUUCAAGUCGCCCAAGGAAUUGAAGGUGCACAGGCGCCUGCACACUGGGGAGCGGUCCUACACCUGCAGCGACUGCGGAAAGAGCUUCACCCAGACCCAAAACCAGCUGUUGCACCAGCGCACCCACAGCGGGGAGCGCUCCUACACUUGCAGUGACUGCGAAAAGGGCUUCACACGCUCCAGCAACCUGCUGGAGCACCAGCGCACCCACACCGGCGAGCGUCCCUACACCUGCCCCCAGUGCGGCAAGGGCUUCACCAGAUCCAAAUUUGACAGCACGCGGGGGUUGCAGCAGCACCGGCAGGCCCACGCCGGCGAGCAGCUGCUCCCACUAUGA